AUGGCUUACAAUUCUCGAGCAAGUCAGCAGUUCCAUCAUGGUAGUCAACAGCAACAUAACCGCGGCCGGAAACCUAAAGAAGACGACACAGAUGCCUUCCUGCGCCUGCCCGACAAAGUCAUCGCUGGAUGUAUCAAUGAUAUUGGAAUUCCAUUUGCAGUAGCGGAUCUAUUGAAACCCAAUCCACAGCAGAUACAGAUAGUGUUCGAGUGGUUUGCGGAGCUCUUCAUGAAUAUAACACGGGAAACUGUUGAACCAGCAAUGCAAGCGGCAGCAGAAGACAUCUGCGCUGAUUAUGUUGGUAUUAUUCCGCCUGACUCCCGCAACUUGAUGGCGUUCUUCGUGUCUUUGCGCAAGUUGAUGAUGCAGUGUGGUGUCCACGACUUCACCUUCACGGAUCUCACAAAACCUACUUAUGACCGUGUGGCCAAAAUAUUCUCUUACUUGAUUAACUUCGUCCGAUUUCGGGAAUCCCAAACUGCCGUUAUCGACGAACAUUUUAACAAAUCCGAGAACACGAAAUCUUACAUUGAAUCACUACAGGUCGAAAAUCAGGAAAUGGAACGGCGUUUGCAACAAAUGAAAAGCCAACAAAAGGAAAUGGAAGGGACUGUGAGGGAAAAGAUCAAGAGAAAUGAUGAAUUGAAAGCAAGGUUGCUAGAAUUGAGGCGCAACCAGGAGCGUGUGGCAGAAACAUUCGAGAAGGUGAAAGGAGACAAGGCAAGGACGCAAUCAGUUUUGGAAGAAAAAACCGAGAAAUUAUUAAAGACCCGCCAAGAAAGCGAGAAGCUACGCCCUUACGUUUCACAAAGUCCAGCAAUUCUCCAAGCUGCCCUUACGGAGCUAUCGGAAAACCUGAAUCGAGAUAAAAUCCAAAUCGAUAAUAUGGAAAGACGGAUGCGGGCGUUGCAGAUGUCGAUGGAUACUUUUGGUGUAAUAAGUAACGAUGUACAAAGUUGUAUCAAAGUUCUGGAGGACGUUUCUGCGGAGUUACAAAAGGAGGAGGAGGAAGAUGCAAGAGCCAUUCGAAAUAGAGAUGCUUUAGCUGAGAGAGGGAACACUGUCAGGGAGGUUGCGCAGACAGAAAAACUUCUCCAACGACAACUGGCACGCUGGCAUGAGCGAACCGAGGCACUUCGAAAAAGUGCACGAGAAAAGGCAGAACAAGCCCAAGCAAGAAUGGAAGAAUUACACAGCAUACAGAAACAACUUCGAGAAGAGAGAGGCGAAAAGCAGCGAGAUAUGGAGCGCCGAAAGAUUAGGAUUGAACAAACAGAAAAAAAGAUGGUCGACCUGAAGGAGAACAUUGAAAAUGAAAUCCAUCGGGCUCAUGAUGAGUAUUUGAAGAUGGAGUCGCAUAUAAAGCUUUAUAUUACGGAAAUGGAGAAAUGCUUAUGA